GACUUCGAGACCACUAUUUUGGCCGCCAUUAAUGCCAAGAGAGCCUUGCACGGGGUUCCACCGCUCGUGUGGAACAGCACAAUGGCUACAUACGCCAACAAUUACGGUAACUCGGCCUACCACUGUAACGGAGUCUUGGUGCAUAGUGGCGGCCCGUACGGUGAGAACCUUGCCGCGGGUUACUCCACCGUUGGUGCCGUAGAAGCCUGGUAUGACGAGAUUGCAAACUACAACUUUGCGGACCCGGGCUUCAGCUCUAACACCGGACACUUCACCCAAUUGGUCUGGAAGAGCUCGACUCAGUUGGGGUGUGCCUACAUCGAUUGCACGACCAUCUGGGGUGAGUACGUCAUCUGUGAGUUUGCUCCUCCUGGUAAUAUCAAUGGCGAGUAUGCUCAGAACGUGCUUCCGCUUCUC